GGAUGUUGAUGACCUUUUGCUUGCCUUGGCCUACAUGGGCUUUGAACUUGAAGACUGCCAGAUGGCUCUAGAGGCAGGCAAUACCACUUUGGAAUCUGCAGUAGAGUGGUAAUUUGUAUAUAUACACAUUUUUAAAUAAGCACACACACUUGCCAACAGUCAGAACCCAUAAUUAUGUACUAAGCAAUCUUCUCAGUUAUGAACACUACUUAAUAGUGAAAAUAAGGCCAGAAAAUAUUGAGGGCUGUACGGGAUUCAAACCCAUGACCUCUGUUUUACCAGUGUAGUGCUGUACUAACUGAGCUAAGAAGCUAACUGAGAGCUGGUCUACUGCUUAACCCUUUCACUCCCAAGAUCUUAUUAGCAAUUCUCCUUACUCUCUGCCAUACAAUUGUUAUGAUGUUAGUUUGUAGAAUUGGGUAUUGGAUCAAUCUGUAAAAUAUAUUUUUUCUAUUCUCACGACUUGGUCUCUCACAGGAGUAAAAGGGUUAAGUAGUGCUCAUUACUGUGAAGAUCACUUUGAAAUUCAUAUUCACUUCUUAAUCAGCAGUUCAGUCAUGAUUUUGAUAUAUUCGCAGUUGUUUAAUUAGAACUCGGUGGGUUCAGAACAUGCGAAUGAAACUGGAUGAGUUCUGAUUUGGAAUGAGGUUGUUUAUUAUUGCACCCAAAGGAUAAAUUCUUCAAACCCUUAGAGUAACUGGAUCAUGUGUACUAUAGGUGGCCUCGGUCAACAUAUCUGUUGACUAUCGGUUGACUAUCGACCGAUAGUUGGUCCAUAGUCAACUGAUAGUCGACUGAUAGUCGGCUGAUAGUCGGCCGAUAGUUGACCGAUACAUCGACCAACUGACGGCCGAUGCAUCGGCCAAUAUGUAGCGAUCAACUGCUGGUGAAGUAUUGGUCAAGUAUCAGUUAAGUAUUGAUCAAGUAUCGGUCAAGUAUUGGUCAAAUAUCAGUCGACUAUCGACCGAUAGUUGGUCGACUGUCAACCAAUAGUCAACCUAUAGUCGGUCAGCAAGUACCUUGACAGUCGACCGAUAUAUUGGCUGAUGUAUUGGCUGACAUGUCAACCGAGGCCACCUACAGUACACAUGAUCCGAGCUACUAGCCUCAUAGAGGAACAUCUAAACUCGUCACAAGUGUGUUAUCCAUACUCCCUAAUAGUUUUGGUGUUGCCCUGUUAUUCAGACUCUUAGAUGGUAGCAAAAUAGGAGGGAGGGGUGCUGAUUGCAUUUCAGGCACAAAUUUCAAGAAAAUUUCAUGCGUCAAAUGUACUUCAAACAGCAUUUCAAACAUAGCAAAUCUAAAUGGGUAAACUUCAGAUCUCCCUUAUUGUAGGCAAGGUUUCAAGGAAAAACUUGAGAUUUCUAUAACAUUAAAGAAAUAAUUUAUGGAUAAUUUAUAUAUCAGGAAGCAAAUAAUGCCUCACACUAGUUCAUAAAUUCACAAAUCAUACUCACCUGUUGGUAAAAUUCACUGAUCACAUAAUAAUUUUGGCCUUACCAGUAAUCACGCGUCCUAUUUAAACAUUAUAUCCCUUUGCCACCCUCUCAGUAAAGGAUUGUACAGAAAAUUACUUUUGACUCUUUGUUGGUUAUAAGCAUUUCUGAAUUUUUUUUAUGGAUUUCUGGUUCCUAUUUUCUUCAGGUUGGUGGUAAGAAGAUCAAAUCCAAGUAAUUGUGUUUCUAAUCCUGGUCCUGAGGCAACAGUGGAAGUAUGUGAUUGUGUAAAACACUUUAAGUGGGUAUUAAAUAUUAUUAAGCAAAGCUUUGCAGGUGUGCAAACAUGAUUCAAACGUGAAGUAGUUUGUGAUUUAAGACCUUCUUUAGUUAGUGACCAUUUCCUUUUUUCUCCCAGUUUUAAUGUUUGAUGUGGGUAUAAUUCUGUAAGGAGAAGUAGAUGCUAGCCAUUCUGAGGAGGCAAAGGGUUAAGAGAGAAGAUUUUUGUGUAAUAAACAUUUCAUUUUUCACAGCCCAAGGUUUCUCAUGAAGAAGUAUCUAGUGCACCUAGUGAUAAGAUUCAGGCGUCAUCCAAUUUGUCAAGCCGUUAUACAGUGAGUGAGGAACAUCAGAAAUCCAAGGAACAGUUUAUGGAAAAGGAGAGAGAAACUGCUAGGAUGGAAGCCAAGAGGAGAAAAUUAAUGGAGAAAAAAGUGAGAGAACAUGGUUUGACAAGAUUUUGUUGUUACUGCUUGAUUUUUUUUAAGUCAGUGAAGGAGAGAUCUCCUUUGCUUAGGACAGAGUAUUAGAAAAAGUUGAAGUUAUGCCUGGUGAAGAUCAGAAAAUUAUAGUUGUAUUUUUAAAUUAUCAAAAUGGAAAUUCUUGAUUAUGAUGAUUUCAGCAGCAUAUUCUGUGUAUGUUAUGUGUAAAUAAACAAAGCUUCAAAAGUGCUCCAUGAAAAUAACAGAUGUGGAAACAUUUCAGCUUUGUUUCUUUCACAUUAUUCUAAGCUCUGUGCUUUCUUUUGAUAUUUCACACUUGUCACUCUGUAAACAUUGACAGAAGGGCAAUGGAAUAUGUGAAAACAUUCUAUGAUUAUCAUUUCAUCAAGUAAGGCAUGGAAAAAAGUUCAGUCAAUAGCAGCAAUGGUUUCAGAUGGUAAAUAAAUCUUAAGAGCACUGCUUCAUCAACUGUCAAAUAUGAAAGCCUGCCAAACGGAGUAAAACCACAUGUUGCCAUUGGAAACAGAGACAGUCUCCUUUGACAAUAACAUAAUUUUAGCACCAAAUUGUGCUCUCCCAACUUUUGUUGUGCCUUUCUCAUCUGAAAAUUGUGGUGAUAAUGUUAUUUUGAUGUUUUUCUGUGAAAAGUUUUCAAAGGAUUUGUGAAUAGUGGCAAUAAGCUGAUGUGCCUGUUUUACUCCAACUGAGAAGUAGCUCAAUGGGAUUUAUUUUAUUUUGUUUUGUUCUUUUCUCAUCAUUGCAGGCACGUCAGGAAGUUCUUCAGCAAAUAGCAGCAGACAAAGCCAAUAGGCGUGAUAAAAAACCCAAACCACCUGCACACUUUGCAAUGAUUCAGGCAACAGAUAAAAGCAGGGAGCCUGGUGAAAGCUCAAAACAAAACAAACAAUGUUUGAUUCAGGUGUGUGUUGGUAUAUGUACACAGCUGUUUUAAGAAAGGUUGUCUCAAGAAAAGCAUUAAAGUGCAUGCAACAGCUGCAAAAAGUGUUUUGGAUAGUUUCAGGUCACAGUUCUUUGACCUCAAGAUUUUAACAUCGUGGGUUUGACGAAUUUGUUUAUUUAUUUGACUUAUUGACAUUCAUUGAUUACCGGAUACUCAGAUUACCUUUCAAGAUUGCUGUGUGCACUUUUGUCAUUUUUUCUGACAACUGUUUUUGGAAUGGCUAUAUAUGAAUGAAGAACUACUGUAAAUGGACUUUUGCACAAUCUGCUAUAGCACUUGUUCAUUUCAAAUGUGAAGCAAUGUCAUGUGAGAAAGAUGUUUGCAGUUUCCAAACAUACAAGUCGCAAUUGACAUAUUCGUGACACUGCAAGUUGCUUAAUGUCUUUCAAUUUACCUAGAUAAGAAGUCCAUCUGGUCAAGUGCAAAGGCAGACAUUUCCGUCGGAUGCCAAACUCCAAGAUGUUGUGACAUUUAUUUGUAGCCAGUACCACCUAGAUUCUACCGGCUUUGAACUUUUGCAGGUGUAGUAUAAAUAAUGCUUGAACCUGAUAAUUUUGUAAUCAACAGUUAAUUUUGCAUUAAGUAUAGCUCCAAAAUAUCAGUUUGGAGGGCGACAAGUGGAUGAUUUUCCAAUUGGUACACCUUUCCUCUCCAAUCAGUGUUGUUUCUGGUUGUUGCUUCUCUGCGUAUGUGGAAACAACUGUGGAGAGAUAUGUAACAGUGGAUGAGAAUGGAGCAGAGGUGAACUGUAGGAGUCAGUUGGCCUAUUACUCUAUCGCUGGACUUCUUUGUUUUCUCUCUUUUGUAAUCAAUGUUCUUUACAUUUGUUGCUUCACUGCAAAAGAGGAAAUAACGGCAGAGAUAACAGUGGGUGAGAAGAAAAGGAACGUGAACUGUAGGAGUCACGUGGUCUAUUUCCCUGCCGGUGGACUUCUUUGUCUUCUCUCCUUUGUAAUCAAAUUGUUCUUUUCAUUUGUUGCUUCACUGCAAAACAGGAAAUAACAGUGAAGAUAACAGUAGGUGAGAAUGGAGGGGAGGUGAACUCUAAUGAGUCUUAGCGGCCAAUUAUCGUGGCAGGCUCAUCUUGUUUUUCAUGACAGUGGGGUAUUGUGACCCCUUUAGAACAGUAGUAACCAAAGGCAGUCCUCCUUACGAUAUUAGUACAAUAUCAAUAUUAAUACUCCUUCAUGGAAAAGAACCCCCUAAAAUGUUCCACCCCCUCAAUACAGGGCUUCUUAGCUCAGUUGGUAGUUGCAGCUGACUAUCGGUAUUCUCUAGGAGGCACAGGUUCAAAAUCCAUUAAGGCCUGAAUUUUUCCAGGUCUCCUGUCAGCGAUAUCUAAAAUUACAGUCUGCCUUUAACCCUUUAACUCCCAAGAUCUGAUUGUUAAUUCUCCCCUCCAGCUGCUACACAUUUCCUUGUAAAUUAGUUAUGAGAACUAGGUGUUAGAUCAAGAUAGCAGCUUCUCCCUGAUGAGUUUGAAUAUUCUCAUUACCUGUUUGCUGAAUGAUAUAUGGAUAUUAUAGGGAGAAGUUUCUUGUCAAUCACCUCUGGGAGUUAAAGGGUUAAAGAUCAUUUCCUUGCUUGAUAUCAACACACUCUGAAACAGAAAAAUACAUUUGGAAUAUUGUUUAAUUUGAUGACAAACUCUCCGGGCCAAAAUUAGGACAAUGUAGAGCAAGAAGAGUUGACAUUUUUUUUUCAUCAUUAUUUCUCUGCUGCAAAGUGUAUUUGAUAUUGUAGAAAGAUUUACCUCUUUGGUCACCACUUGAAGUGAAGGGGUUGAAUAUCUAUCAAGUAUUUUGUUGCCUAAAUUAUCCAUUAAUGGCUACACAGCCAUUUCCACACAGGUUGUUUAAGGCCACAGAAAUGGAUUCCACAUUAGUUGACCUUGGACUUAGUCUGGGUGGAUCACUUGUGGUGAAGAAGACGGAUCCUUCUCAGCCGUCUUCCACAUCUGGUAAGCGUUCUAUCACUGUAGACUUUUUAGGUGGUAUUGCUAGACAAUGUCUGGUGGUUGGUUUUUAAAAAAGCUUGCAUUACAGAAGACUAUAGUAAUACAAUUUGGUUGCACUUGUUGUAUUUUUAUACUUGGGGCUAGCUACCUGUAUCCACAUUGAGUUCUUGUUUGUUUGGGUUCACUUUUUGUGAUGCUAUUUCACAUUUGGUCUUGGUUUUGUGACAGUCAAUCAACAAGAUCUCUAAUGAGGUAAUCUGGUAUUAUCAUGUGAGUUGAUAACGUAAAUUGGCAACUGUUAAGAGUUUCAAAGCUGACAUUUUGAGCCUCAGCUCUGACAAAGGGCUGAGGCUAACGUUAAAGGUGGCCAAUUUACAUUAUCAACUUAUUUGAUAAUGCCAAAUUAACUUCAAUUGUUAUACUCACCCAACAAUGUAGUGCUACUAACAGUUUCUUCAGAAACUUACCCCCUUUAUUUAAGUUCUCUAAUUCUUUGACUGUAGAUCUAUUGUCUUGUUUGUGUUUAGGUGGAGGACCUGCUAAAGUAAAUCCUGGAAAUGCAUCUGAAGCAACACCACGCACUGGAAAUGGACUUGAAGAUAUUAACAGACUGCCGUCAGACUCUGAUCAUGACAGGCAAGAUACCAACUGCUCCCAUGGAAAUGGAAAUAGAGUUGAAAUUAAUAAUGUUGACGAUGACAGACAGUACAUGGCUCCUCCAUUAUUUGACAGAAGUCCUCCUCCAGAAUUAGAUGAUGCCAUCAGAGCACCUUUACAAGGAAUGAAUCCAAAUGUCCUUGGUAUUGGAGGGAUGCAGAAUUUCCUUGUGAGAGGUGGUGGUGGUGUUGGUCAUAUGUGGGGAGAGGGGGUGAAGCUUGGUGCUGUGGAACAUAAUCCACAUUCUACUGAUCCAGUGUUAAGAGCGCAAACCCCAGGAGAGUCUGCUGCUAAGAGGUUGGAGAUGAGACAGCAACAUCAGAUUCAACCAGAAGCAGGUAGAAACUAUAUGUCAAUGCCAGUCCUAAGGGUACUCAGUAGCAUGGUGGUUUUGCUAGAUGCUUCAGGCUGAAGUCCAGGUUUUAGCCCUGUCAGCAUCUUUGUGUUGAGUUCUUAUGUACAGCACUUGACCUUCACAAUCCUUGUUCCCACCUAAGAUUAUCAAUGGGUACUGGAAAACUGUCUGGGAAACCUAGUGAGUAAAUUCUGGGUGGGAAGUUGUGAUGCACAUGCAUGGUAACCAUGGCAACUAGGAAGAAGCAAACUCCUUAUUGUUGAGCCCCUUAACCUCUAAAAGUGACUGGCUUCUAAUUUCUCAUUACAGUAUCACCUUAAAAUCAAAUGUGAAGGUCAUGAGAGUAAAGGAAAUGAUCUCUAAUUCAAGAAGCUCCUGAUAGUCGGACAAAUUCUCCUUAUCAGUUCCAUAGGUAAUGUAAAGAGAACAGUUAGGAGAAUGUCAAUAAAACUUUUAGGAUACAAAUUAAGGGUUAAUGCUAUGGAAAGCUACGACACAAUGGAUAACUUGAUUUUUGUCCAGAUUUGACCACAAGAGGAUGCAUUGCCAGUAACUGGAACCCUGUUAACUUGAAAACUACAACAUUUUGAAUUUUUUGACAAGACUCUUAUGUCUUUAUUAGGUCCCAGUAGGGUAAGUCAUGAGGAAUUGCCACUUCUACACCGUGACGUUCAGCGUCUGGAAGACUUGUGUAUCAACCAUAUCAGCCACCGUCUUCCUGGACAUCAGAGCCCCCUUACAUCUCUUGGCAUGUUGCCACUUGGUCUGUGUGAUAAGAUUUUGACUCAUUUAAUGAAAAUCAAAGCUCUCACACCUAAGGCAAUGCAGGCUUUCAUACCCUGGUAAGCUUAGUCUUGACUUUAAUUUUGGUGGGAGAGGUGAUGUUGACAACAUUUGUUCAUUAACGGGCUUAAAUGUUAGCCUUGAAUGUGAUUAACAAAUCAGUCUCCCUCUUCACAUUCAUCAGAUUUUGUAAUCACUGGUAUGAUAAAAGAGUAAAUUGGACUCCACUCAUGAUCAGUCCUAUACCCAUUACUUCCAUUACAGCCUUGCGCCACAUGUUCAGCCAAUUUGGAAAAACCCUCCUUAUUACUCCGUUAAUUAUACUUUACUCAGUUUUGUUACCAUUGAUUAUGAAUUGUGUACAAUUUUUGAACUUUCACACAGUUUUUUUUUCCUUUUCUAUUUUCUGCACAGUGGGCUGAGGCAUGUGAAACUAGAUUGCUAUUCACUGGUGACAAAUGAACUCCUCAUAGCACUCAGGUGAUAAAGCAAACUGACAAACACUAAUACUUAAUAUUGUUGGCAACCAAUGUGUUCUUGUUACCAAAAGAGCUGAAUACUUAAUGAUGGUUCUGUUCAUGUUAGACUACACAGAAAUCUAACCCAUCUCAGCUUGAAAGCUUGUCCUCUUAUAACAGACAAAGCAUUGGAGGCCGUUGCAGGUAAAAAAGUUUGCACCAGUAGCAUAAUUUAAUUUCUAAUUUUAAGGAACUGUAAAUUGAUGAUUACAUUUAAUUUGUAAUUUUCAACUGGGAUUUUCUACACUGCAUUGUUUCAGUCUUUUAUCUUUGCUGCUUAAAGAAAACCUUUCAUUAAAUUUAGAUAAUAAAUCUUCUGCUCUUCUUCGAUAAAACUUUUCUCAAAGUUAGCAACCAUUCUGGAGAGUUUACAAUUAACAAACAGAUUCCAUGUUGCCAUGGGUAUGUUGAGUUGUAGAUCUGAGAUGACAUCAAAAUGUUGGAAGAACAAAAAGGUGGCACAAUGGCACAACCAAGUGUUACUUAACCCUUUAACUCCCAUGAGUGACCAAGACAGAAUUUCUCCUUACAAUAUCCAUACAAUAUCAAGCAGGCAAGUGAUGAGAAUAAAAAAAAUAUAUGAAUUAGAGGAUUACAAGUUGAUCCAAUACUAAAUUCUCCAACAUAACAUCACAAGAACUGUAUGGCAGACAGUAAGGAGAAUUACUAAUGAGAUCUUGGGAGUUAAAGGGUUGAUAUGGUCGUACCACAUUUUGAAGUCCUUUGUGAUCUCUUACAGGACACACUCACAGCAACAUGGAAUCUAUGUAUUUUAAAAUAAAGAGGCAAAAAAACUGGCAAUUAUGACAUCUUCUUUGUGUCUGUCCUUGAAUAGAUCAUAAGUAAGAUGCAAUUAAAAUGAGUUUGUAAUCUGAAUUCAAAUUUAAGGAGCUGAAUGUGCCCCAAGAAAAAAAUUAUAGGGUUGCUCACAUUAAAGACAGGAUAGAAAUGUACUCCUUCCUGCAAAUAGUAUACACUGUAUCUUGCUCUGUCAUUACCAGAAAUCUAUAAUAGUUAAAAUGAUUGUUGUUUUGAAUUCUUUGCAUCUGGUAGUUCUCAAGAGGUUGAAAUCUCUUAAUCUUAGCCAGUGCCCUCAGCUCACGGACAAGUGCUUUUUCCACAUUAAAGGUUAGUGAACCUGAUAACCUUCUAAUGUUUCCUGUGUUAACUGUGAAGAAGUAGUGAGAAACAACUGCAAAUAACAUUCAACUCUUUUUCUUUUUGUCUCUGUUGCAUUGACUUCAAACUUUUUUCUAUUGUUUUCAGGACUUUCUUCACUAGUUACGUUGCAGAUGGACAUGACAAAAGUAUGAAAACUGUACCAAUCCAGUAAAAAAUUAUUGCUACCAAUAAUUAUCAUCAUUAUGCAUUAGACUUACUAUGAAAUCUCUGAUUGGUAGAGAGCAUACACCCAAUAUGCAAUAGCAUGUGAAAGUUGACAUCAUGAUGAUAACCCAGUAUCUUCAGCAGAUAUUUAGUUAUCAUGUCAAGUUCAAAGUCUGGUUAGUUCCCAUUUAUUGUAAAAGUGCUCUUGGUAAGCAUAUGUUUAUGAAUUCAGAAAGGACUUAAAUGAAGUUUAUGCUCAAGUGUCUUCUACCUUAUUUUCUGAACUGACGGUGAAAAUAACUUAUUUUCUUGCAGAUAACUGACAAAGGUGUUUGCCAUUUUCUGGAGAAUGCUGCAUCCUGUCCCAACUUAGUUCAUUUAAGUCUUUCUGGCACAGCCAUCACAGAUAACAGCCUAGCUGCCAUGUCUGGUUAGUGGUAGAUUUCUGGUUGUGAAUGUUUUUCAGACAACAGGUAGCUGUAUCACGUACAAAGGCUAUAAAAUUUAUCAAUGAGGAUGGAAAGAUAUUUUAUUUAAAAUUUGCAAACAAUUUUGGAAAAAGAAAAUCAGUAUACUCCAAGAGGCCUCAGACUUAAGGAUUUCCAAUUAGCAGCGAGGUAGUUGACCAAAAAUUAAGCUACAGUGAACAUUUUGAGGAAAUUGGAAUUUCAUUUUAUUAUCCAACUGCAUUAGGUAAAGUACAAAUAAUGCAAAAAAUAGAGCAAAAAUUUCCUGUGAUAUUGUACAAUUAUGCGGACAAUUGGUUAUUUUGUACUAUAAUCCAAUGUAUAAGUGUUACACAAGACCUGUCACAAACCACUUCUCUAUUUGCUGAGCUUUUCCACUACAUAGGAAAUGUUUAUAAAAUAGAAGCAUUUGGAAUAUAAACAAAUUAUUAGACCUUUUGCUGUAUAGUAUCACUGAGUGUUUUUACUCAUUUUUAUUUUGACAAGUCCAAAUACAGCACAAAUUGUUAAAAUAUUCAGUAAUAAUACAAAUCAAAAUGUCUUAAAAGACAUAUAAUCUGGAUUCAAUUGUAACAAUUAUUCAGCAUACUGCAAUGUUGGAAGCAUUCUGUAAAGAGGUUAAGUGAGGAAGAAUAGUAAAUACAAAUAUAAGCCAAGGCAUGGAAUAAAGAAAUGUACCACUUGUCACAAUCAUUGGUUACAGAAAUCUGUCAGUGUCCAUCUUUCCUUAGGCUAUUUUUUAUUUAUUUUUUUUAGUUUAACUAAUCUUUCUUCUUUCUUCAGGUCUCAAAGCUCUCAAGAUUCUCGCUCUUAGUAAUACAAAGGUAAUCAACAUAACCUUUGACUCUUUCAACCCUCAUCUCUUAACCCUUCACACCCUGUCGUCAUUAUGCUUACUGUUCUCUAUACAUUUCUUAAGUCUAACAAGGAGAAUUUGUUUAACAGUCAAGAGCUUCUUUUGUGGGUGACCAUUUCCUUAAUUCUCAUGACCUUAAUGUGUGAUUUAGGGCAGAUAUUAUAAGGAGAAAUUAGACGCUAGUCACUUUUAAGUUUGAAAGGGUUAACUAUCCUUGCAGUAAUCCUGCUGAAUCAUAUUAAGAUCAUGCUAAUAAAGGAAAUGAUCACCAGCCUAAGAUACUGUGACUGUUAAACAAAGUCUUCCUUUUAGUAGCAAAAGAAAUGUAUAGAGCAGGGUGUAAAUGGUUAGCAGGACUUUCUUUAUUACACAUGAUACAAUUUAAAUGGUGACUCUGUCUGAUAUAUAUUUUUAUAUUUUUGUUUAUUUAAUUUUUUUUUUUUAAUGUGAUAGAUCUCAUCUCUAGAAAUUGUUCAACACUUGCCUCAGUUGGAGAAUCUGAAUAUUUCACACUGUACAACAUUACAUGAUGACAGUUUGGCUGCUCUGGAAAAUCAUCCAUCACUUCUGUCUCUCAAUUUGCUCUCAACAAAUAUCUCCAAUAAUGGACUCAGUCAUUUGCAAGGUGAUGACAGUGUUUUAUAUAGCAGCUAUGCUGCUGAGUUUUAUUUAGCCCUUCACCUCUCAAGAUGUGAUUGUUAAUUCUCCUCUCUAGCUGCUACACACUUCCUUCUAAAUUGGUUACGAUAUUGUGGUGUUAGAUCAAGAUGACAACUUCUACCUGAUGAAUUUGAGUAUUCUCAUUACUUUCUGCUGGACAAUUUAUGGAUAUGAUAGGGAGAUGUUACAUGUUAAUCAUUUCUGGGAGUCAAAGGAUUAGUGGUAGUGUUUCAGCAAAGUGACGAGCACUCCAAAAAGUUGCACCCUUCCAACUAGCAAGAAAAUAUAAAACUUAGACAUACCAGAGUAUUAUUUUUUCAGAAGCACCUCAGUGGGCCAGAAUCUUAAAUCCUUGAGUCUGAUUGGCUUAUCACACACUCUUAACCAAUCCACCUUCUUAAUAUACAGACCAGCAGAUUUUUCCCCAAAUAAGCACCCACGCUCUAAUAAGUGCCCUCCCUGAGUAAGUGCCUACCCACAAGGCCAUGAUAUAUCAAAUGAGUGCCCCUCAAAAAAGUGCCCCCCUCCUCUCACUUUCUUAAAUAGUAGGGAAACAAGGAAACCUGCUUCUAUGGCCACUUUAUUUAUAACUUAUUAAGCUUCAUCAGUACAGGUUAAUAGCACCCCCUUUGGUUGAGGGCCCUCCCUUUAAUAAGGGCUACCUUUUAGAUAAGUGCAUGGGUGCUCAUUUGAGGAAGUAUGGUAUCUUAUUUAUCCUUCUUGGUUGGUCCAUAUGGGAAAAAACUGUGCUCUUGGUCUUGUGUACAGCCCUCUCUCUUUGGCCUCUGGCAGUCCACCACACCCUAUACAGACCUUCCACCUGGUAUAUAAAUAUAACUAAUAUCUAAUUUAAAUAGACUAGAGCUUUCUAACUUACAUGCUGGUAUUGUAUCAGGUCUGAAGUUGUCAACAUUAAAACUACCGAACAGAUUGACUAUUACAGAUGAAGGGCUGUGCAAUCUUCAAGGUACUGAUUAUAAACGACUUUAAAAUCUCACUCCUUAAGAUUUCAGUAAAGAAGAAUAAUGUGCUUCAGAAACCAUGUGACUCCUUUUACAGCUCCUUCAGGAAAAAGUAUAUGAUAUGAAAAUUUACCUCCUACUAUGUUUUGAGAUUUUACAGUGGACUAGGAAUUUGCAAAUUCUCUUCAAAGGGGUGAAAAAAUUGAGUAUGACUGCCACAAUUCCGGAUACAACUAAGUAACUUGGCCUUCACCCAUGGCCACAAUGCAUGUUUUGUAAACAAGGCUGCUCUUGUUAUUAUACAUUACUGUGGUUUGGGUCAAGAUUGUUUUUUAAUGUAGCUCAAUCCUUAUUGUUCAAACCGGUUACAAAGGUUGAAAGUAGAGGAAUGGUACAGUUAGAUCAAAUGUAGAGGGGCAGGUCUCUGAGUAUUAGAGUGGUGUCCAUGGUUGAAAUCAAUUUUUUUUAGUGGUUAGAUAACUUUCCACAAUCUCAAAAUGUGGUCAGUGUUAUAAGUUAGCCUUUGUGUGGAGAGAUUAAAAUAAUAUGACUUGAAAAGCAUACUUUUUUGCAUUUCUUUUCCAUUAUAGGCCUCUCAUUAGUAUCACUUGACCUGUCAGAUUACAUUCAUGUUACAGACCUUGGUGUCCGCUCAAUUGCAAACAUGACAAGGUAAUUUUUUUUAAAGUUUGUCCACAGCUGUUUUUCUUUCUUUCACUUUCAUGGUUAAACAAGAAAGAAAGAAAAGUCAGGGAAGAGAAGCUAAUGCAGACAGGAAGCUGAAUGUCCCUUUUUUCAACCAUUUAGAUAACUUUGUGUCACAUUUUUCUUUCACAAUACAGACUGACACAGUUGUUACUCAGCAACACCAAACUUACAGAUGAUGGGAUGAAAAGUCUAGCAGGCAAGAUUUUUGUUUCAUACAUUUAUGCUCAAAGUCUGGAAGUCUCUCAGAUACGAACCAAAUAUUAUGGUCUCCCAUGAACUUCCCUUGUUCUCCCACAUCAAGAUAAAGUUGUAUGUUUUUAUUUUUCAAUAAGGGGCAAGAACAAGUAAAUUUUACCUUCAUGAACCUUUUACACCCAAAGAUCAGUAUCCAUAUUCUCCAAAAGCUUCCCUAUACAUUUACUUUUGUAAUGACAAGGAGAAUCUUAGCUGAGAAUCAUUUUCCUUAUUUUCAUGAUCUUAAUGAAUGACUCAGCAGUGCGACUGUAAGGGGAAUAAGAUGCUGAUCACUUUUAGGGUUAAAAAGGUUAAUAAAGUUUUGGGUUUUCUUUGUGAAUAUAGUUUUGCAUUUUCUCUGAUUUCUCUUGUUUCUGCUUAACCCUUUAACUCCCAGAAGUGAUUGAAAUAAAACUUCUCCCUACAAUAUCCAUACAUUCUUCAGCAAACAGGUAAUGAGAAUAUUCAAACUUAUCAGGGAGAAGCUGCUGUCUUGAUCUAGCACCAAGUUCUCAUAACUAAUUUACAAGGAAAUUUCUAGCAGCUAGAGGGGAGAAUUAACAAUCAGAUCUUGGGAGUUAAAGGGGUAAGCCAUCUAUUACAGGUGAGAAUGAGAUGAAGUGGUGAAUAAAAAAGGCUAAAUUGAUCAAAGUUAGGGGGAGGUUAUAUUAAAGAUGUGAUCCAAGGUCAGACAUCUUCAGAUUUUACAUUUCCAGGAUUUUGUGUUCCUAAGAACACAUCAGAAAUCAAAACUUUUCCAAGACCUCAACACUUGGUAAAAUUAAACAGGCUGUGAACAAUACGUCAGGGUUACAAUAAGUUGACUGAAGUUGCUUAAUAUUAUGCAAUAUUCCUUCAACAGCUCUGAGGGAACUUGAAGAACUUUCUGUGGAUAGAACAGUAAUAACUAAUGAAGGAUGUACAGUUCUGCCAAGUAAGUAUGUCUGACAACAAGUUUCAUUAUAUCAAGUUGAGAAAUCAUCUGUAUAUUUGGCCUAGGAGCUAUCUGUAGCCACAUGUUUGAUAUGUAAAUUGUUUUUUUGAUAAGCUCUGAUUUUUCAUUGAAUUUUUUCACUGUUUUUUUCUUUUUUAGUAUCUGUGACUCUAAAUCAGUUCAAGAUUAUUUCAGAUUCUUAAGAUGUCUGCAGAUAAAACUUUUUUCACAGUUGAUGCUAUUAACUUUGCCUAAUUUUUGCUUUCUUUAAUGUUUGUAAAAACUCCUACAGAUUUCCAACAACUUAGGAUUCUUGGUUUGUCAUCAACAAGAAUAAGUAACAAGCUUCUUUUAAAUGGAACUUUGAAUCACUGCAAGGUUCUUUCAAAAUUAAACCUGAGUAGAACCAGAGUUUCUAACAAAAGAUUAUCCAGCCUUGUUCUGCCAUUACUGAGUCAACUUAACCUAGAUUGGACAAGAGUGACAAGUGAUUGCCUCACACUUCUCACAGGUAGGAAUUAAAUUAUCUUAUGUAUAAAUGAGUAAAGAAGUUAAGUUUUUAAUGAAAUGGUGGUGCUGUGUUGGUGGGAGAGUAUAACAGGGUAAUUUAGUGUUAUCAGCUGGGUUGAUAAUGUAAAUUGGCCUCUGUGAAGAGUUUCAAAACUAGUUUGAAAGUGAAAUUCUCUUGGGUGAAACUCUUUACAGUGGCCAGUUUAGUUUAUCAACUCAGUUGAUAAUACUAAAUUACCCUAUCUUUUUUAUACUUUUCACCUUCACAGGGGUUUCAAUUACUUUUUCCAUAAGCGGAUGUGGAUGAUAUAAUAGUAAGUUGUGCCAUAAGGUGGAAUCCAAACAUAAGAGCCUGCUUGCAGGCCAAACAGAUGGUAGUGAAAGGUCUUAUAGGCAGCACUAUGGUACCAGUGACCUACUGCUAUUGAAACCCCUGCUUCAGAAUCAUUCUUACUUCAGGUCCUUAAAUAACUCCCAAUUAAGGGUGGAGAAUAGAAUCUUAGUCUUUGCCUGGCAAACAAAAUUUUGUUUCAAUUUGAAUCAGCUUAUAGUCUUCUAACCAGAAGGCCACCUUAUGUCAUUCUCUUGUUACUGUAACUUUGUGUUGUCUUGAAGGUGGGUCUGCUAUACUUUUUACAUGAAGCGUGAUUGGUCAAUUUUUUCCUCAUGAAUCAUGAUUUAAAUUUUUGUUAUUUGUGAAUCAUGAUUGAAAAAGAUGAUAAGAUCUUUUCAUGUCCAUGUGGAUGAAUUUUUUCAUUUAAACCUGACCUGUGAUUGAAGAGCUGUGGUUUGUGAACCAUUUUGGUUUGUGUGAUAAAUUUCCUGCUCUUUCAAAGAGCCAAACUCAGAAGAUGAAUGGCUUUGUAAACAUGUUAGAAAGGUUAAAGGUGAAAGUUUUCAUUUGAGAAUCUGUUUUUUUUAUUUUAACUUGAAACGAGAUCAUCUUCAAUUUCACAUGAACUUGAGUUUUGGAUUGUUAUUUUUGAUGUGUGAAAAGGCUGAGUAUUUUUACUUUUAAUUAAUAAGUUUUAAAAAUGGAGACCCUCUUGAAGGACACCUUAGUUCGGUUUUUAUAGCAAAUUAUUUCUUCUUUUGUGUUUUGUUUUUCCUUCCUAACACUUUCUUAUCUUCCCAACUAUCUUCCAUUUAUUCUUUCAUCCAUUCUUCCUUUUAUAUUCUUCUUUCUAUCUCAUUUAUUCUGCUCUGCUAUAUAGGUUGUCCUUCACUGAAAGCCUUGAGAACAAACAAUUGCACUCCUCCGUCACCAGAUUCUGAAGAUUCAGAUGAUGAGCAGGAACAACGAUAAUAACUGUUUGGUUUGAUGAGAUCAAGUAUGAAUGGGGAAAAUAUUUAAUUAAUUUAUCUUCUCUGCUCCUACACUGAGGAAUUGGAUUGUUUAAAUUAGGUACAAAAUAAUUUGUGUGAUGGACCUUUGAUCAUUUUGUGAAAAUUAAGAGAAAUGACAUGUAUAAUUUUCAUUAUAACGUUUAAGUUUGCAAAAAACCACAGAGUUAUACAAGGCAAAAGUUGUAGUUGUGUUAUUUAUAAUUAAUAUUUCAAAUUGAGGUUACAAAGUCUGUCUAAAUUCUAAUUAUGUUGAGUUUCUGUUG